UGAUGCUGGUAGUAAUGACGUCAGCUGAAUACCAACUGACCAUACUUCACACGAACGAUGUCCAUUCCAGGAUAGAGCAGACGGACAAGUGAGUGGACAAUUCAGGCAUUUUAAAUAUAUUCUUUGACAUUGAUUUAAUAAUUUUAUUUGUGGUCAAAAGCCAUUUUUAUCAAUUCGACUACAACAAAUGGAACUGAGCGAAACGAAAUAUGGGAAAACUUGAAACAAAAAAGGUGCGAAACAAAACAACGAACGUGUCGGCAAGAAGCCUUCUUUUUUUUUCCAGGCUUUCACAUACUCCUUUCACUGACAUGUUUCGCUCAUUUCCACUUUUUUAACCCGAGUGCAGUCUCCCCCCCCCCCUUUAUUACGACCACAACAAAUUAUGAUUCCAUUUGAGGAGUCAAUUUGCAAACCCUGCUAAGCAACCUUUUUUUUUAUUUAGAUAAAAAUGAGUUUUUGUCAAUUUAAUUUAUGUAGGGAAUAUGGUAUUUAUAUAUUUUGAAAUAAUGAAUGUUAGACUAAAAUAACGAUUUUUAAUCAUUUUAUACACAAAAUACUAUAGAUUGACACUUAAUCCACCAGCCAAGAUAGAUAACUCAUUUAUUUCAAAAUAGGGACUUUGGCCAGUUUUGCAGUUGGUCUCCUCGUCUACUGAAAUGUUAAUACUGAAGAAUAAAAAGUACCUUCGUGUGUUUGUUUUCAGACGCAGCGGGCCGUGUGCCAAAGAACUUUCUGCAGCCGGCAAAUGUUUCGGUGGUGUGGCGAGAAUCCGUACGAUGGUAGGCUGAUUCCUUUAUAAUGAAUGUUCGCGUAGUGUUUGUCGUAACACAACUGAUGCAUAAUCUUUGGAACUUGUGAAUCCAAUAACAUUUACCACAUAAUACUUGUAUGCAUGAUGGGGGAAAAAAUGAAAGUAAUAUUCACACUUCUUUUAAAUUGCUUUUAGUUAAAUAUUUAAAUAAAAUACUUUAUACAAUUUUUUUUCCGAUUUAUUACCUGUUAAUCUGACAUAUAACUGAGACCACCUUCAUUGCAAAAAAACAAAAAAAAAACACCUUCAUUGCAAGAAACACCUUCAUUGCAAGAAACACCUCAAUUACAAGAAACACCCCCAUUGCAAGAAACACCUUCAUGGCAAGAAACACCUUCAUGGCAAGAAACACCUUCAUUUAAAGAAACACCUUCAUUGCAAGAAACACAUUCAUUGCAAUAAACACCUUCAUUGCAAGAAACACCUCAGUUACAAGAAACACCCCAUUGCAAGAAACACCUUCAUGGCAAGAAACACCUUCAUUGCAAGAAACACCUUCAUUGCAAGAAACACCUUCAUUGCAAGAAACACCUUCAUUGCAAGAAACACCUUCAUCGCAAGAAACACCUUCAUCGCAAGAAACACCUUCAUUGCAAGAAACACCUUCAUUGCAAGAAACACCCCAUUGCAAGAAACACCUUCAUGGCAAGAAACACCUUCAUUGCAAGAAACACCUUCAUCGCAAGAAACACCUUCAUUGCAAGAAACACCUUCAUCGCAAGAAACACCUUCAUUGCAAGAAACACCUCAAUUACAAGAAACACCCCCAUUGUUAUAAACACCUUCAUUGCAAGAAACACACCAAUUGCAAGAAAGCACUUCAUUGCAAGAAACAACUUCAUUGCAUGAAAAAGCUUUAUUACUCUCGAGAAAAUUUCCUUGAGACCUCAGACUUCUUCACGCGGGGGGGGGGGGGGGGGGGACAUAUGACGACAGAAACUAAGGACAAUUGACGCGGCAGUCUCUAAUUACAGCCAUUUUAUUCUUGCUCUAAUCCAAGUUUUAAAUAAGAUAUUUUUGGAUUGACAAAACUUUGAUAGAUUCAGCCUAUUACUUUUAUAGAUUCAACUCUUUACUUUGAUAGAUUUAACUCUGUACUUUGAUAGAUUCAACUCUGUACUUUGAUAGAUUCAACGCUGUACUUCAAUAGAUUCCACUCUGUACAUUGAUAGAUUCAACUCUUGUUCUUUAAAUAGAUUCAGCUCUGUACUUUGUUAGAUUCAACUCUGUACUUUGAUAUAUUCAACUCUGUAUCAAACAUAAUAAAUACAAGUUAUUUGUAAAAGUAGAGAUGGUAUUAAAUAAAUAAGAGGCCAUCAUAUUUCUUCUGAACGCAAGACGUUACCCCGUUGUCUGAGCUAGAUCAUAGCGAACCAAAUUAUUGUGAUGUUCAAUAACAGAUAACCAUUGAAACCAUCACAUUUUAUUGAGUAAAAAAUAAAUUAAGGUUGGUCAAGGGGGUCGUCCAUUAAUUACGUCAACAAUUUUAAGCAAUUUUUACCCCCCCCCCCUUUUUUUUUUAUCAACAACUUUCAAACUUUAAAUCUAUGUAAUUAUGUCAACNUUUUCUUACCCCCCCCCCCCCCCCCCCCCCCCCCCCCCCAAAAAAAAAGAAAGAAUUACAGUAUAAAUACAUUUUACUUUGUGCUGAUCUAUUUUAAUGACAAUAAAAUUGUAGGAAAAACAUUUCAUUACAUGAUUAGCUUGUUAAUCAAGUUAAAAAGAUUUACACUUAAAUUGUGUAAUGCAGAAUCAGUUGAAGGGUUGUUAAAGAUUAAAUAUCAUUGUUUGUGGUAUAAAUAUGAUUAUUGUCAGUAACAUUGCAUACCUGCAACAGAAUCAACAGGUGAAGAAAGGCCAACUUUUCACUUCUCUUGCACUAACAAAGUGUGCUAACAUUCUGACCAGCCAUCUGCAGUGCACAGACACACAUUAAAUAACUCUUAUAUUGUUAAAAGCCUAAAAAAUUGUAUGACUAUUUACACUCAUUUACACUUAUAAUUUUAAAAAAAUAAUGUAAUAACCAGUUUAUUUUUAAGAUUAAAAUUUUAGUAGAGAUAACAAGAUUGUUGACGUCAACUAAUCUAAACCCCCUCGCUCCCCCUUGUCAACAACUGUCAAAAUUUCCACCACCCCCCCCCCUAUUGUGUUGACGUAAUUAAUGGACGCCCCUAAUCAUCAAUGUAAUGUAUAAAAGUCUGCAUGCAUGGUAAGAGAGAGUCCUUUUCUCGUGAGGCUAACACAUCUCAUUGCAACUGUUGUCUCAUUUCUUUUAGGUCAAGAAGCUGCGGUCCCAGUACGCCAAUCAGACACUUCUACUGGACGCUGGGGAUCAGUUCCAGGGGACCUUAUGGUUCUAUACGUUUGGUGGAAUAGUGACUGCCGAGUUCAUGAAUCACAUCGGAUAUGACGCUAUGGUAAGAAAUUUGACCUCAACGACACAAUGUUACGACAUUUCAUGGCUACGACACCAUGGUCAGAUAUUUUUCAUGUUGUGGGGACGACAAAGGUCGCAGACGGUCGGUAAGAUGUCCAGGUAAACACGAAUGUUGUCUGGGAGGUGAGAGACAGUCUUUAUUUUAUCAGUGAACUAUCUCCAUGUCAACAAGGACCUACGAAUGUUGUCUGGGAGGUGGGAGACAGUCUUUAUUUUAUCAGUGAACUAUCUCCAUGUCAACAAGGACCUACGAAUGUUGUCUGGGAGGUGGGAGACAGUCUUUAUUUUAUCAGUGAACUAUCUCCAUGUCAACAAGGGCAUACGAAUGUUGUCUGGGAGGUGAGAGAGGGUCUUAUUUUAUCAGUGAACAAUCUCCAUGUCAACAAGGACACAGAAAAGAAAUAUUAAUACUUUGUCGGGACCCGUACGAUUUUCUCGCUGUAACAUUUCUGUAGGCGGGCACGUAGAUAAAUCCAGAGAUAUUCUGGCUGUUUGUCGAAGUAUCCCAUUACUAGAGAAUUGGACGCACACAAAAGAAGCAGAUAUUUUAGGAACCAAUGUGUUAGUAUGACGGGUGUCAUAUUCUCUGUCAGGUGGUACAGCUUAAUUGUCAAAACUCUGGUGGAAUGAUUUAUUACAGGCCUGCACAACUCAAAAUGUAAGGCGGGCCCUAAUACUUUAUAUAAAAUAAGAAUAUAGGAAGGGGGGGGGGCUAUUAAGAAAAUUAUAGUAAAAAUGAAAAUUUCGUUGCUUCGCGGGCCGCGAAGUGGUUGUGCAGGUCUGACUUAUUAUAUUGGGGGAUGGCCAGGUCCAGAACAAAUGGCGUUUAUUUUUUGUGGCGUUGUUAGUCUUUAUCAAAUGCGGUUGCAUGUCGUCUGACAGUGAUUCUUAAAGUUUUAAUAUGGUCCCAUGCUGUCUAACAGUGAUUCUUAAAGUUUUAAUGUGGUCCAUGUCCUCUAACAGAUAUUCUUAAAGUUUCAGUGUGGUCCCAUGUCCUCUAACAGUGAUUAUUAAAGUUUCAAUGUGGUUAUAUAUUUUCUAACAGUGAUUCUUAAAGUUUAAAUGUGGUUCCAUAUUUUCUAACAGUGAUUCUUAAAGUUUCAAUGUGGUUCCAUAUUUUCGAACAGUGAUUCUUAAAGUUUCAACUUGGUUCCAUAUUUUCUAACAGUGACUCUUAAAGUUUCAAUGUGGUUCCAUAUUUUCUAACAGUGAUUCUUAAAGUUUUCAUCUUUCGCAAUAACAGGCCAUCGGUAACCACGAAUUUGAUAGGGGGAUCGCUGGACUGGAGCCCUUCGCCAGGAAUGUGACGUUUCCCUUGCUGUCCAGCAACAUGAACUUGACAAACACACCUGAGCUGAGAGACGUCAUCAAGAAAUCGACCAUACGAAUUGUUAAUGGCCAGAGGAUUGGUGUGGUGGGGUACACUACAACCGAAACACCAUACAUCUCAAGUGCUGGUACGUCGACGUAGCAUGAGCGGAAGUUAAGGAGAAUGCAUUUGUUGUGAGUGGUGGACUUUUAGUACAAGCUUUAGCAUGUGGGGAAGAGUAUGGUGUAUAGGCUGGAGUAAAUCUCGUAGUUCAAUGCAUGGGAUAUUGGUUAUAAGGGUAAAUCACAUGGUUCAAUGUAUGGGAUAUAUUUGGUGUGGUGGGGUAUACUUCAACCGAAAUGUCAUAUAUAUCUGGUGUGGGUAAGUGAAAUGUGAUAUAUAUCUGGUGUGGGUAAGUGAAAUGUCAUAUAUAUCUGGCGUGGGUAAGUGAAAUGUGAUAUAUAUCUGGUGUGGGUAAGUGAAAUGUCAUAUAUAUCUGGUGUGGGUAAGCUUUAGCAUGUGGGGAAGAGUAUGAUGUAUAGGCUGAAGUAAAUCUCGUAGUUCAAUGUACGGGAUAUUGGUUAUAAGGGUAAAUCACAUAGUUCAAUGUAUGGGAUAAGGGUUAUAAUUGUGCUGGGUGGCCGAGUGGUCUAAACUGAGCAAAUCUCAAGUUGGUGGCCUGGAGUUCAAUUCCAGCUAGAGCAAAAACACCACCAGCACCCCGGGUAGAUGGGACUCGUUAACCACAACUCAUCUAAGAGAAGGAAACUCUGAAAUCAAACCCGGAGAUGGAGUCCCGAAAGGCGGAUAACAUUGAUACAAUGAAACAUUCCGACAACUCCUGCGACGUCACUGGUGCCGAGCUGUAUCAUCCAAUGAUGUUCCCUUGGGUUACCCAGCGGCGUGGAGAGAGGCGAUUUGCUGUUGGGAACCAGCUUAUAAUCCUUCAAGUAUAAUAAUCCCAGGCUAUGUGGAUUUCGUCCUACGAAGCCCACUCUAGAAAAAAAAAAAAAAAAAGGGUUAUAAGGGCAAAUCACAUAUUUAAUGUAUGGGAUAUUGGUUAUAAGGGUAAAUCACAUAGUUUAAUGUAUGGGAUAUAUUUCCGCUCUCUUAUCUUACGUUUCCAUUUCCAUUCAAUUGUAUGUGAACAUAAAUGCCCAUCCAGGCACCGUGACAUUCAGCAAGGAGCUGGAAGCAGUUCAGGCCGAGGUCGACCAACUCACUCUGCAGGGAGUCAAUAAGAUCAUCGCUGUCGGACAUGCGGGGUUCUCAGUGGACCUUGACCUCGCCAAGCGCCUGAGGAAUGUUGACGUCAUCGUGGGUGGACACACCAAUACCUUCCUUUACAACGGUAGGCUGGGACAUUUGAUAUUAGGAAGGAGCUGUUGAUAUGGAGCAGCGGUCGAUCUUAAGUUUGUCUUGGGUGCAUUUCUUUUCAUUAUCACUAAGGUUGUCCUAUUACUUAGUUUUAUUGUGGUAAUGGUUAUGUAUUACUGUUUAAUAAGUCUAUUCCGCAGCAGGAACUUUUACAAUAAUGGUUAUUUAAAAAAAAAUUAAAAACAAAAAGUCCAAAUGUUAAUUUUAAUGUCAAUGUAGAUAUGGUUUAUGUUAUUAUUGUUGCAUCCCUUUUUUUCUACUUGAUAUGAGCGUUGGUUGUCAGUGUCAUAAGCGUUGGUUGUCAGUGUCAUAAGCGUUAGUUGUCUGUGUCAUGAGCGUUGGUUGACUGCUGUUAUAAGCGUUGGUUAUCUGCUGUCAUAAGCGUUGGUUGUCUGUCUCAUAAGUGUUGGUUGUCUGUGUCAUAAGCGUUGGUUGUCUGCUGUCAUAAGCGUUGGUUGUCUGCUGUCAUAAGCGUUGGUUGUCUGCUGUAAUAAGCGUUGGUUGUCUUCUGUCAUAAGCGUUGGUUGUCUGUGUCAUAAGCGUUGGAUGUCUGCUGUCACAAGCGUUGGUUGUCUGCUGUCAUAAGCGUUGGUUGUCUGUGUCAUAAGCGUUGGUUGUCUGCCGUCAUAAGCGUUAGUUGUCUGUUUCAUAAGCGAUAUUGGUCAGUUCUGUUGUUUGCUGUGUCUUUUGGCCAUGGAUGGCAAACCACUUCUCCCAUGUUUAGGAAAGCAAGAAACUACCAGAAGAACUGGUCAAAGAUGGCCACCUUUCAAAUUUCUCGAAUUUUCGGUAAAUUGAUUACGAAAAUUACGCAGCAUAGUUUUAUAUAAGUAGAAAGAAAAUAGAUACAGGAGGCGCACAAUAAUUACAUCAAGUAUUCAAUAAUUGCUCCCCCUUUCAUUAUAAGUAAGUGUUCCUUUUUCCAAUAAUAAUUUUCUUGGUAAUUAUUACUAGAUCCUUAUAUGAAAUUUGUUCGGAUUUGUUCAUGUGUGGCUAGCUGGGUGGCAAAAAUAUUCGGACGGCCAGGUGACCCACUUCUCAUGAAGCUAUCGAGCUGAAACUUGUCGAACAGACUCGUUGCCGAAGACGAAAUUUUCAAACGAAUUUUCAACCCAGACCCCCGCCCCCCCCCCCCAAAAAAAAAAUAAUAAAAUAAAUAAAUAAGUUUUUCCUGUUUUUCAAUGGGACCAUGAAGGAAGAUUCCCGACAACUGCGCUAAAUGAAGUGCGUGAGCACUCAAUGGGAUUCUUAUCAAGUUUGCACCUUGCACGCAUGUUUUUUUCCUCCAAAUUUUCAGUUCCCACCCCUCAUUGCUCGAUAUUAAAUCUGAUAAAGGAUUUAUAUGAAAAAAAACAUGUUUAAGGUGUUGUUUAAUUAAACACAUAGGAGUACUUUUAACACAUUUAUUUUCAUCCAGAGUUUCAUUUUCGGUAGUCUACGCUUUGUUUCAAGACAAAAUGUUUCCACGGACUGCGUUUGAGAUAGAGACCGACCGAAAGUGAUUUUUUUUCUGAUUUCGGCCCGAAACCGAAACUAGGCCGAAUUUUAAAAUGACUUUCGGCCGAAACCGAAAUGAAAGCAAAAUUUAACUUUUUGGUUUUGGCCGAAACCGAAGCCGAAAUUAAAAUAGUUAGGUAUUUUGAAAUUCGUCCACGCAUACACUCUACAUACAUAAAAAAUGAUUGGAGAAGUAUCAAUAUUUACAUUCUUUUUUUUUUUAAAAUGAGAUCAUCGUGAAUAUUAAUAAACAUCCAAUGAAUACUUUGGCUUUUACUAUUUUAAUUUAAAAGUAAUUUAAAUUUCUUCAAAAAGUGUUUUUGUAAGAAGCAUGGUAAGAGAAAAUAUCGACCGGUUGGAGGGGGGGGGGGUUCAUUCAAAAUAGACCCUUGAGUGCCAUUUUCUUUUAUAAUAUAAUUAUAAUCUAAAUUCUAAUCUAAAACAUAUACCUAAAAUACUUAUUGUGGUUCUAAUAAAGCCAAUUGCCACUUAAAUAUCAGUUAUGUAGGCUAUAGAAAUAUCACCAAAAUGUUUCUCGGUUUUCGUCAUACUAAUGCUUUGUAUUUUUAUAAAUAGCUGGCAAGAUAUUUCUGUAUUAAUAUUUAGCCUACUAUCAACACAUUAGUCUGGUGACGUAAUUAUUUCGUUCGGUAACCAACCUCCCUCACCUGCUUUGAUGGGGGAUAUUAUUAUUUUUUUUUAAACCGGGUCUCUUAAAUAUUACUUCUGACGGGUCUCAUUGGUCACCUGAAUCAUAAAGUAAACAGGUCUGUAGUAGGCCUACUAUAUAAUUAUAGUACAAGUUAGUGAUACAUGCGCACACUUGUUAUUCCAUCAAUAAAAAUGUUUAUGAACAUGAUAAUGAUGAUCUCAAGAAAUGAAUGAAUUGAAAAAGCCUAGGUUUCCUUAAUUAAAUAAAAUAAAACAAAAAUAAUAGAAGAAGUAUUACCAUUCCCCAGGAUUAUGCAAUAUUAUUCACCUUUUCCAAUGACAAAAUUAGUGAGCAUGAUAAUGAUAAAUAAAAAUGACUUUCACAAACGAAGGAAUUAACAUUUCAGUCUCGACCGAAGCUGAAAUGAAACCGAAAUUUAACUGUUCAGUUUCGGCUGAAGCCGAAAUUAAACCGAAAUUUAACUGUUUGGUUUCGGCCGAAACCGAAAUUAAGCCGAAAGUGAUCAAAUGGCCCCUUUCGGUGCCAAAACCGAAGCCGAAAUUCAGUCGGCCUCUAGUUUGAGAUGUUUAUAAACACAAAGCCAUAAACACUAAGACUUCUUUUGGUUACAGGUUCGUCGCCAUCCAACGAGAAGAUUGAUGGCGUUUACCCGACUGUGGUGACGUCAGACAGUGGCCAGCGGGUUCUUGUCGUCCAGGACUACGCUUAUGGGAAAUAUUUAGGCGAGCUGCACGUGACUUUUAAUGAUGAGGGCAGAGUGACGUCAUGGUGGGGAAAUCCAUUGCUUCUUGAUAACUCAGUACCGCAAGGUAAGAAUGGUAUUUAGAAGGUUCACUGAAAUAAGAAAUGAACAGAAACUAGUUUUUUUGAAUAGUACACUAUUGCAUUUAUCUUCAGUUAGCGUAUUAUUGCAUUUAAGUUGAAAUAGUAUAGUUUCCGCACUAAAUUCAAAUAACACUCUUUUGCAUUUAGGUUCAAAUAACACACUUUUGCAUUUACGUUCAGAUAGCUCAGUUUUGCUUUUAAGUUCAAAUAACACACUUUUGCAUUUAAGUUCAAAUAAGACACUUUUGCUUUAAAGUUCAGUUUGCUCAAUUUUUCAAUUAAAAGGAUGUUUUAAAAACAAUAACAGGUAAAGAAUUUGUUUAAUAAUCAUAUCUAUAUAUAAAAGUGAAAGUUUGUUUGUUUGUGGCCGGCUUGCUGGAUUUGUUCCACUUACGUUUUUACAUGGAUUGAUGAAUGUUGUUAAUUUUCUAGAAAGUUCGAUAAUUUUAAAAAGCUAUAUCUAAGGUCAUUUUAAGUCGAUUUAAUGCGACAAAUUUUAAAUUUCAAAUCUAUAAUUUAUCUGAAUGAUUUUUAUAGCCCCCCUCCCCUCUUCCCCAUCUCAGACAUGACUAAAAAAGGUACUUUAUUAAAUGGGCCCCCACCGAGGCUCCUAUUUCAAUUUAAAUGUACUACAGUUAUAGUGGUGCAAAUUUGUUGUAUAAUAUUUCGUAUUUGAAAAAGAAUUACUUUGAAGAGUAAUUUUUUACAGGUUUCAUGGAGCAUAUUAAAUUAAAUCUAGAAUCUUCCAGAAGGUUCUUUAUUGUUCCAAGGGGUUAUAUUACGUGAUCUAAAAGCUUAUUCGAACAAAAUCGCACUGAGCAUGAUCCCAUAGAGGAAUAAAAUCCUAAUGGGGAGCGAGAUCCAUUAGUGUACUGGAACCCAUCGGUAACGCGAUCCCAUCGGGUAACGGGAUCAAACCGAGAUCGGGGUCCUAAUCGGGAAACGGGAUACAAUUGGAAAAGAGGGUCCCUAGGUGAAACGGGAUCCCAUAGAAAACGGUAUCCUAACGGGAUCGGUAGCCGAUCGGGCUCCACCAAGAUCGGGAUCCCAUCGGACUCGAGAUCCCACCGGGAUCUGGAUUCCCUUUGGAAGCCACAAGAAAAUGGGAUCGCACUGGGGACCGGGAUCAAACCUGGAAACGGGAUUGCGCCGGAAUCAGCGACAAAAUGGGAUUGGGGUCUCAUUGGGAUCGGGGUCCCACCAGGAUCGGGGCCCUGGUGCGAUCCCGGGCCACGUCGGGUAUAUCCGCUAGUAGAUAAUAUUAUCACCUAAUCUGAGACAGAGGUCACAGGAGUGGUGUGCGCAGAGGCGGCACUGCAAUGGGGUUGCUGGAGCCUUGGGAAAACUUAACUUUGGCGCCUCUUAAAGCUUAAUCAUUUUAUUUUUUUUAUUUUUUGUGUGUGUGUGUGUAAUUUAAAAAAAACAACCAACUAGGGUUUAGCUAAUGAGUUUUUUUUAAAUCUUUUAGCAAACAACGAAAAAAUGAUAUUGUUUGUUUAACUUGUAUUAUUACAGUACGAACAAUCAGCCUGCCGAUAACUUUUCUGUAGCCUUUAGAUCAACACAUCUUUUUAGUGCACUUUCUAUAUUUUUUUUUUCAUGGCGCCCACACGCAAAGCUUUUUUCCUAUUUUGGAAGAUCGUUGAUGGCGCCCUAAGCAUAUGUCACCCCGGGAAAUUAGCCGAGUUGCCGGAACCUUGAGCCUGCUCUGGAUGUGCGACUAGGGCAGUGGUUCUCACCUUCCUAAUGCCGCGACCCUUUAAUACAGUUCCUCGUGUUGUGGUGACCCCCCCAAACAAAAAACAAACAGUUUCGUUUGCUACUUCAUAAUUAUGUGUUUUCCGAUGGCCUUAGGCGACCCCUGUGUAAAGAUUUGUUCGACCCCCUAAGGGAUCGCGACCCACAGGUUGAGAACCGCUGGCCCAGGGCCUAGAUGAUGCAUGGUAUUUGUAGAAUUUUUGUAUCACAUAAGAAUGGGAAAAUGAAGAGUUUGAAGGACUUAAACAAAAAGUAUAUGGUAUACGGAUUUAAAAAAAAACAACAACAGAUUUGUGAACUUACUCUACAUGAUAACGUACUCUACAUGAUAACUUACUGUACAUGAUAACUAACUAUACAUGAUAAAUAAAUGUACAUGAUAACCAAAUAUAUAUGACAACGUACUGUAGGAAAGCUUACUGCGCAUGACAGCUUAGUGCACAUGCAAGUAUUCUAUUCUUAAUCAUUUGGCUGUCAAGGUUAAGUUACCAAGGUCGAAACAAUUACACUAUGGUUCACUGUUCCCCUCAGAUCUUGAAAUAAUUACACUAUGGUUCACUGUUCCCCUCAGAUCUUGAAACAAUUACACUAUGGUUCACUGUUCUCCUCAGAUCUUGAAACAAUUACACUAUGGUUCACUGUUCCCCUCAGAUCUUGAAACAAUUACACUAUGGUUCACUGUUCCCCUCAGAUCUUGAAACAAUUACACUAUGGUUCACUGUUCCCCUCAGAUCUUGAAACAAAUACACUAUGGUUCACUUUUCCCCUCUGAUCUUGAAACAAUUACACUAUGGUUCACUGUUCCCCUCAGAUCUUGAAACAAUUACACUAUGAUUCACUGUUCCCCUCAGAUCUUGAAACAAUUACACUAUGGUUCACUGUUCCCCUCAGAUCUUGAAACAAUUACACUAUGGUUCACUGUUCCCCUCAGAUCUUGAAACAAUUACACUAUGGUUCACUGUUCCCCUCAGAUCUUGAAACAAUUACACUAUGGUUCACUGUUCCCCUCAGAUCUUGAAACAAUUACACUAUGGUUCACUGUUCCCCUCAGAUCUUGAAACAAUUACGUUAUGGUUCACUGUUCCCCUCAGAUCUUAAAACAAUUACACUAUGGUUCACUGUUCCCCUCAGAUCUUGAAACGAUUACACUAUGGUUCACUGUUCCCCUCAGAUCUUAAAACAAUUACACUAUGGUUCACUGUUCCCCUCAGAUCUUGAAACAAUUACAUAUGGUUCACUGUUCCCCUCAGAUCUUGAAACAAUUACGUUAUGGUUCACUGUUCCCCUCAGAUCUUAAAAUAAUUACACUAUGGUUCACUGUUCCCUUCAGAUCUUGAAACAAUUACACUAUGGUUCACUGUUCCCCUCAGAUCUUAAAACAAUUACACUAUGGUUCACUGUUCCCCUCAGAUCUUAAAACAAUUACACUAUGGUUCACUGUUCCCUUCAGACCCGGAGACCUUGUCAAUGAUCGCACGUUACCAGCCAGACAUCGAGAAGCAAAAGACUAAAGUGGUGGGUCAGACCUACGUCGACCUCUUGGCUGACCGGGUCAAGUGCAGGACGACAGAAUGCAAUCUAGGUAAUGGGAUGGCUUAGUUUAAUGUAAGGGCAAACAUUUUAACUGUGGUGCUACUCUUUAAAAAAAUAUGUUGACAAUAAACCAGGAAUCUAAAAAUAUCUUUGUUUUAUGUCAAGUAUAGCAUCGAACUUCCGUCUAUCAUUGAUACAGCGGUGUACCGAGGUAGCUUUUGGUUAAGAUGGCGUCAAUUUUCUUUAUCAAUGGUGUGUGGAUGCUUGAAGUAGAAAUAUCUCUUUCUGUCUCUCUAUGUGUUCUGUCUCCCGUGGAAGGCUCUUAGCCAAUACGUUCCUUCUUUUAUUGUCGUGUUUUUCUAUUUGAAGCUUGCACACAGCUUCUUCUACUAUUUGCUUCACACAGCUUAUUCUACUAUUUGCUUCACACAGCUUAUUCUACUAUUUGCUUCACACAGCUUGUUCUACUAUUUGCUUCACACAGCUUAUUCUACUAUUUGCUUCACACAGCUUGUUCUACUAUUUGCUUCACACAGCUUGUUCUACUAUUUGCUUCACACAUCUUAUUCUACUAUUUGCUUCACACAGCUUAUUCUACUAUUUUCUUCACACAGCUUGUUCUACUAUUUGCUUCACACAGCUUGUUCUACUAUUUGCUUCACACAGCUUGUUCUACUAUUUGCUUCACACAGCUUGUUCUACUAUUUGCUUCACACAACUUGUUCUACUAUUUGCUUCACACAGCUUGAACGCAGUCAUUCAGUUACUAUCCUUUUUUUCUUGUACACCUAAUCUAUAGCUGACUAUACCUCCCAUUUCACUGAUCCAGGUAAUCUCGUGGCCGAUGCCAUGUUGAGGUACAACUUACAACACACCGAGGACUCCUGGAGUGACGUCAGCAUGUCCGUUGUAAAUGCUGGCAGUUUCAGGGCUUCUAUAGUUAGAGGUAAAUGGUAACUAACGAAACAAAAGACUUUAACAGUUAGAAGUAACUGGUAAGUAAGGAAACAAAAGACUUUUAUAGUUAGAGGUAAAUGGUAAUUAAUGAAACAAAAGACUUCUAUGGUGAGAGGUAAUUGAUAACUAGGGAAACAUAGAGUUCACUAUUAUCUGGUUAAUCUUGAAUGUUCUUCUGAUGAAAUCCCUGACGUUCUUCGAGCCCUUGAUGUUGCUGGACUUUUGACUUCCCAAACUACGUCAACACAUCCUUACACCACAUCGUACACAUGUGUUCUUUUAGAAAAUAAAUCUAUUAAAUUAUAUUGUUAAAAGGUAUUUCCUAAAGAUUAGUUUGUAUUCAUUAUUAAUUAAAUACGCAAGGAUUAAAAAAAAAAAAACUCUUUGAGAGAAUAAGGAUUGAAAGGUUGUUUCAGAGAAUAAGGAUUGAAAUAUUGUUUCAGAGAAUAAGGAUUGAAAGAUUGUUUUAGAGAAUAAGGAUUGAAAGAUUGUUUUAGAGAAUACUAAUUUAAACAUUUGUUUUAGAGAAUAUUUUCUGCACCUUGACAUGGCCCACAUAACCCUAACCCGCAGGUAACAUCACGACCGAGACCGUGAUCUUCGUCCAGCCGUUCCGCAACACGGUGGACAUCAUAGAAGUCUCUGGGCAGACCCUCAAGGACGUGUUCGAGUACUGCGCUGAGAAAUGGACAGAGGUCUCCGAGGACGCAUUUGGUGGAUUUUUGCAGGUGGCAGGUUCGCAACAAUAGGAUUGAAACUUUUUUCGUAACAUGAAAGUCUUCAGUUUCAAAUAAUUCUCAUCCGUGUAAAAGGCGAAGUAUCUAUUAAAUUUAAAAAAAAACAACAACAAAAGACAAAAAAAACAAUUAAUGUAAUUUAUUAUCAGUAGCAUACUUUAGUAGAUUUUUUAAUCCGAUGGUAAAAAGCAGAAAUCGUUUUACUAGAAAACAACAACAACAAAAUCAAAUAAACAAAAACUAUACACUAAACAUAUGGUACUUGAAGAAUUUUAAAAACAAAAUUCAAACAUACAAAAAAAAUUAAAAAGAUAUUCACUCUAAAGACAUAAGGACAUAACAUCAUGAAAUCCUAUGAGAGUUUAAAGAAUACUCUCAAUAGGACGGACACACACACACACACACACACACAUAGCGACACGUAUUCCAUUACAAAGUGUCACGAUAGCUUCCUGCUCAUCAUUGCUUUAAAAAAAGAAUCCAUCAUGAAAUAAGCUGAUUCUCAUAUAAAAUAAAAUAAGCCCAAAAUCGUAUGUUAUUGUAAAGAUAUUUUAACAAUAAGGCGUUUUGGUCUUGUCCAUAAAAUACAUUUCAUUAAACAUAAACACAUCAGUGCAUGGCAAGUACCAUAAACUCAUUAUUGGGCAGUGUAUUGUGUGUCGCCAUGCGCAGAAUCCACCAUUGACAACUUGGGCGGAAGAUGCACCAUUCUUGGCUUCCAUAAAUAUCAUAAGUAAUCCACGUAAACAUGUAAGGAAAUUUGCAAGCAUGCCUCAGAUAACAUCUGUAGCACUGUCACAGAGGCUUUCGGUAUUGGAUUAACAAUCUGUACUGCUGUCACAAAGACUGUCAUUACCAGGGUAACAGUCUACACCAUUGUCACAAAGACUGUGAGUGUUAGGGUAACAGUCUGCACCACUGUCAUAAAGACUGUCAGUGUUAGGGUAGCAGUCUGCACCACUUUCACAAAGACUGUCAGUAUUAGGGUAACACUAAUGUACUAAUGAAGAUAACAUUUUUGUAAAAACUGAUUGUGUCCCUCAAAAGACCUUUUUAAUUUAAACAGCUCUUUCUUUUUGUCCAAUCUCAGGACUACAAGUGACCUAUGACAUAAGCAGACCCGUGGGGUCAAGGGUCGUGGAGAUCCUGGUGACAUGUACCAAGUGCGGCGUACCCAAGUUGGAGCCGAUCAUGAUGGGCAGGAGUUACAGACUAGUAGCCAGUAGUUACAUCAUCAGCGGCGGAGAUGGCUUCAGCAUGUUUCCGGACAAGAUAUUAAGGCGUCUACCAAAAGGUACAUAGACUCGACACGCUUAUGGUGAAUCAUAGACCUAAUAAGCCUAUGGUGAAUCAUAGACUCAAUAAGCCUAUGGUGAAUCAUAGACUCAAUAAGCCUAUGGUGAAUCAUAGACUAAAAAUCCUAUGAUGAAUCAUAGACUUAAAAUCAUAUGGUGAAUCAUAGACUCAAUAAGCUUAUGGUGAAUCAUAGACUAAAAAGCCAAUGGUGAAUCAUAGACUAAAAAGACUAUGGUGAAUCAUAGACUAAAAAGCCUAUGGUGAAUCAUAGACUUAAAAACCUAUGGUGAAUCAUAGACUAAAAAGCCAAUGGUGAAUCAUGGACUAAAAACUUAUGGUGAAUCAUUGUUAUGCUUGUGUUAACCCCUUAAGUUUGACGUAGUUCUUUGCUUUGAUUUAUGUUUGAUGACUCUUCCUGGCCUCACUAUCGAAAUUCCUUUAAUCGUAAUAACAGUAUGAACUAGCUCAAAUUCUCAGAGCAUAUAUUUAAAUAAUGGCCAUUUGAACAAAGACAAAACUAUGUUUAAAAAAUUUUCAUAAAAAAAUAAGUUUAGCUUCUGAUUGGGUGAACAUUUUUAUGGACUUUUAUUGACACCUAUAUUACCACCAACUUAGACAUCUAUAUUACCAUCAACUCAGACACCUAUAUUACCACCAACUUAGACAUCUAUAUUACCAUCAACUCAGACACCUAUAUUACCACCAACUUAGACAUCUAUAUUACCAUCAACUCAGACACCUAUAUUACCACCAACUUAGACAUCUAUAUUACCAUCAACUCAGACACCUAUAUUACCACCAACUUAGACAUCUAUAUUACCAUCAACUCAGACACCUAUAUUACCACCAACUUAGACAUCUAUAUUACCAUCAACUCAGACACCUAUAUUACCACCAACUUAGACAUCUAUAUUACCAUCAACUCAGACACCUAUAUUACCACCAAUUUAGACAUCUAUAUUACCAUCAACUCAGAAACCUAUAUUACCACCAACUUCAUCAUCAUCAUCAUGUACCUUAGUCCUUGGACCGUUGGGGCGCCACAGAUGACAUGUGAACUAUCCUCCUCCAUUAGUCUCUGUCUUCUGCACUACGCACAGCAUCGUCCAGUGUUAGUCCUGUCCACUUAUUGAUGUUAUCCUCCCAUCUUUUUCUUUGUCUUCCUCUUCUUCUCCCUCCUCUUGUGGUGCCCUGCAAUACUUCUUUGACCAGCCCUUGUUUCCUUGUUACGUGGCCGUACCAUUGUAGUUUGCGUUUUUUCACAGUCACCAGUUGGUCAUCGUACUCCACAAUUGCCUGACGAACCAUUUCAUUGUAUCAUUGGAGAUAUGGUCCCUCUAGCAGAUGCCAAAAAUGCUUCUGAAGCAUCUCAUCUCCAUCGCCUUUAUUUUCCUUUCAAGAUCUGCUGUCAAUGUCCAGGAUUCACAGGCAUACAGGAAAAUGGAGAGGACUAAUGAGCGCAUCAGCCUGAUUUUGGUGCUGGGGGCUAUAUUUUUGUCCUUCCAUAUUUUCUUGAGCCUCUUUAGUGCUGUUGUAGUCUGCGCAAUCCUGGACAUCAGUUCGGGCUUGGAGCCUUCUUCUGAGACUAUUGCUCCUGGGUAUUUGACUUCUAUAUUACCACCAACUCAGACACCAAUAUUACCACCAACUAAAAAUCUAUAUUAUCACCAACUUAGACAUCCAUAUUACCAUCAACUCAGACACCUAUAUUACCACAACUCAGACACCAAUAUUACCACCAACUUAGACAUCUAUAUUAUCAUCAACUCAGACACCGAUAUUACCACAACUCAGACACCAAUAUUACCACCAAUUCAGACACCAAUAUUACCACCAACUCAGACACGUAUAAUACCACCAACUUGGACAUCUAUAUUACCACCAACUUAGACACCAAUAUUACAACAACACAGACACCUUUAAUAGAAAAACCUUUUAUAAAAUCUCUGUACACGUUACUUAAAGAGAUACGAGAAGCUUAUUAACCACUGGGGGCCACCUACUUGUUCAGUUAAACAAUAGUUUGUAUACAACUAUACAGCGGUACGUUUGAACCGUUUCAGAGAGCCUGGACACUGACAUCAUGAUGGAGCACAUCCAAAGGUUUAGUCCAAUCACAACAGGUCUUGAGGGCAGGAUCAGGCAUCUCAAACCUGGCACAGAGGACAAUGCCUGCGUGAAGGGCGGUGCUGUUGUGUACACGUCACCAGC